AUGGCCACUUACAUCACCUCUGGAUACGCAACUGCUUUCACGGAUGCCGGCCUCACAAAACUGAAUACUGCUGAUCCUCAACAAGGGUCGUGGGCGCUCAGCGCUGAUGGGAGUCUAAAUUGGGCUCUCAUCGAGAAUUUCGCUUACCGAUCUCUUCACGAGACGACACUUUUUGGUAAAGCGGCGGUCGAGGCAUUCUAUGGUGAAGCCGCUGAGUACUCCUAUUACUCUGGCUGCUCGACUGGCGGUAGGAUGGGAUAUUUCGCAGCACAAAACUUCCCCGGAGAUUUUGACGGAAUCCUUGCAGCGUCGCCAGCUUUGAACACACCCCAAGUUAGCCCAGCAGACUUUUGGCCUUCGGUCGUCAUGGGUAAUAUCGCCGCGCCUCCUCAGUGUGUUUUCAAUGCCUAUUUAAAGCACAUUAUCGACGAAUGUGAUCCUUUGGAUGGCGUCACUGACGGCCUCAUCUCCCGGCCUGAGAGGUGCAAUUACAACACCAGCCAGCUCAUCGGCGAGAUUGUCAACUGUUCGGACACGGGCGGAAAUUUUGAGAUUUCGUCAGAGCAUGCCGAUGUGGUAUCCAGAAUCAUUGAUGGCGCGCGGACAAUAGAUGGCCAAUUCCUCUGGUUUGGUGUGCCCCCUGGAGCACCAUUCUCCGGCCUGGCCAAUACCACGGCCAUUGAUGGCAAAAUUGCUCCGGUCCCAUUCUAUUCUGCCGAAGCAUGGAUUGAAUACUUCGUUUUCCGGAACACAAGCUUCAAUCCGCCCGACCUGGCCAACUUAACCUUUGCUCAAUUCGAUGAAAGCUUUGCUACAUCUGUCGAGGUUUACACCCCCAUGCUCGGCACAGAGGAGCCGCAGCUCGCUUCUUUCCAUGAAUCAGGGGGGAAAUUGCUCACCUGGCAUGGCAUGGCCGAUCCUUACAUCGCCCACAACGGUACAACCUUAUACUGGGAUAGAGUGCAGCAGGAUCUCGGAAGCUCGGAAGUGGUUGACGACUUCUAUCGGGUAUUUCUUGCACCAGGCGCUGGACAUUGCUCCGGGGGGUAUGGCCCGGUUCCGACGGAUCCCCUUUCUGCUCUGGUACGAUGGGUGGAGAGGGGCGAGAUCCCCGAGAUGCUAUCGGCCGAAAUAACAGUGGAUAACGUUGCCAUCACCAGGAAUCUCUGCCCAUAUCCUCAGGCUCUAACAUAUAUCGGCUCAGGAGACGUCAAUGAUGCUGCGAGUUUCACCUGCACGAAUGAUUGA